AUGAAAUCGACCAUUUUCCCCACUACCGCCGCAGCUUCAUUAGCCUCUGUGUCCGUCGUAACUGUUGUUGCCCCGGACGAAGAUGCUUCAGAUGAUACACCAGCGCCGACCAUUGGAGGCAUCCAGUGUUUUGACAUGCGCGCCGUUGUGACUGCUCUUGGAUCAGCGGCCUCGCGCCAGCAGGUAUGA